AUGCUCAGCACGACGCGCGAGGACAGCGGCAUAAAGACGGUCACGCUCGCAAGAGGUACAUUUAGUGGUCUGAGCCCGCCUGCGCCUACGAGCCUCGCAAGUGGACGGUCCUCUGAGCGGUCAAGCCUUCCGCGGACAGUUUCACCAGACGCGCGAGAGAGGGCGGAUCCCUCGAGGCUUCUCGGGUCUAUUGGCAUCGUCGAGCUAUUGGAGCACGACGGACGGCCGACCUUCAUUGUUGACGUUGGCGAUUUCGCAAACUAUUCACCCGAGUCAUCUAGUUUACAAAUACUCUUUGCCAAUGGUGCCUUGCGCUCGAAUCCAUCAGUAUGGGACUUGAUAGUAGGAAAGCCGCUAGAAAACAUCACCGCUGAGAAUACCGCGUACGCAAUCAGCCAGUUCCGGGGCUGGGUUCUGAGUACCGAAGACGAAAACCUCGACGCAAAUCCUUCUCCGGUGGAGCAUGGAGGCAUAGUGUGGUCAUGCUACACAUUGAGACAGCGUUUGCGCGUCGUCUCCGGAGCAAUACCUGUGCACGCUGCGACAAGUCUAUCACCCCCAAGCGCAUCAAUUCAGUUCCCGCUCCGUUCAGCAUCAUUGUUAGGCCUCGCUUCAGUGAACAGUAGGGACACGCCAUCUUCAUCCGCGCCAAUUGGUGAAGAGCAAGAUUAUUUUGGCAAUACAAUAUCUACUGUUGUACCAGAGCCUACCCCACCCAAUGCCGUGCUGCAGAAACAUGUCAAUCGCACUAGUGCCGAAAGUUCCGACGAUGGUAGUGGGAUAGUGUUCCAGAAACCUUCCAAGAUAGGCAUACCGUCAGUAGAAGACUCAUCCUCGUACACUAAUGAGUGCGUCCUUCGGGCCCACAGUGCAGGCGACGUUGACUCGUUCCAUAGAGAACCGAACGGUCCGCAAGAUGAAGGCCACGGCAUGGGCUUUUUCGACUGGACAAGAUUAUCACUAUCGUCCUCACUACCCAGGCAUAUCCAAUUCGCACGUUCAAUCGACUGGGCAUCAACGCCUCUCGGGCCGAUUGAGUACUGGUCGAACGAUCUCCGAGCGAUGUGCAACCUGAUUAUGGCAAGUCCUCAUCCUGCAGCUAUGUAUUGGGGCGACGAGCUGGUCGCUAUUUACAAUGAGGCCUAUAUCGGACUUGCAGGCCAGAAACACCCUACGCUGAUGGGUCAAAGUUACAAGGUCGCCUGGGCAGAGAUCUGGGAUGAGGUCAAGGAUGUUUUCGCAAACGCACGAAUGACCGGCCAGGCUACCAUGAAGGAUGACGACUGCUUGUUCAUGAAGCGGAGCGGAUAUCUCGAAGAAACUUACUUUUCAUGGUCCAUCAUCCCUAUGGUAGGUGAGGAUGGAACGGUCAUGGGGCUGUACAACCCUGCAUUUGAGAAGACGAGAAGAAAGAUCGCAGAACGACGAAUGCUCACCCUUCGAGAAGUUGGGGAACGGACAGCGAUAGCUCGAGAAGUCAAAGGCUUUUGGGACCAGGUUCUGCUAGCAUUGACCGAAAAUGAGUUCGACACUCCUUUCGUUAUGCUGUACUCCGUAAACGAGGAUAACGACAGUGACUCAUGUUCCUUACAUUCUAGUAGUCUGCUCGGAGCAAAGCACUGCUAUUUAGAGGGUUCGUUGGGAGUUCCAACGGGUCACCCAGCUGCUCCCGAAAUGAUCGACCUGAAAGAGGGGCAAGAUGGCUUUGGACCAGUGUUCCGAGAGGUCAUGAAAACAGACAAACCCGUAGUCGUAAGCAUUGGCUCGGGAGACCUCCCACACGCAAUGAUGGAAGGCCUUGAGUGGCGUGGUUUCGGAGACCCUUGCCGGGACGUGGUGAUUUGCCCAAUCCAUCCCACCACAGGUGAAACAAAUCUAGGGUUUCUUGUGAUGGGUAUCAAUCCGAGAAGGCCGUACGAUGACGACUAUAACCUUUUCAUUCAACUUCUGAGCCGGCAGCUUGCGACAUCGUUGGCCUCUGUUGUCUUGUUUGAGGAAGAGAUUCGGAGAGGACAGAAGGCAGCCAAGCUUGCCGCGGAAGACAGAUUCAACCUAUCGGAGCAGCUUGCUGCCCGCACUCAGGAGGCCAGAGAAAGCGAAACCAGAUUCACACGGAUGGCAGAAUAUUCUCCUGCAGGUUUGUUCAUCGCUGAUCACGUCGGGAAGAUAACCUAUUGCAACGACGCCUGGUAUGAGAUUUCUCGGGUUCCACGAGAGCGAGAGAAGACCGACAGGUGGAUCGAUUAUGUCAAGCAAGAAGACCAAGGUCUCAUUCUGGAGCACUGGAAACGGCUCGUGGAAAAUGCGGCGGCAAUAAAUAUUGAGUUCCGGUUCAAGACACCUUGGGAAGAUCGAAAUCGGAAUAAGAGUGAUACUUGGGUUCUUUUCUCGGCAUUCCCAGAAAAAUAUGAGAACGGCCAGCUCAAGAGUGUCUUUGGCAACAUCACGAACAUCAGCCAACAGAAAUGGGCAGAAGGAUUCCAGAAGCGGAAGAUGGAGGAAGCUGUGGAACUUAAGAGGCAACAGGAAAACUUCAUCGACAUAACAAGUCACGAAAUGCGAAAUCCUUUGAGUGCCAUCCUGCAAUGUGCAGACGAGAUUUCGACAAUUCUAGGCGAUUUCAGAUCAUCUGGCUCUCAGACUAUCGACGCGAGUAUUGUCGUUGACUCCAUAGACGCAGCGCAAACCAUUGCGUUGUGUGCACAGCAUCAGAAGCGAAUCGUGGACGAUGUCUUAACGAUGUCCAAACUUGACAGCGCAAUGCUUAUGGUCACACCAGUAGAUGCGCAACCUCUACAGGUCGUACAACGCGCUCUGAAGAUGUUUGAAGGCGAGGUGCAAACAGCCAACAUUGAGAUGGAAUUCGUUCUAACCGAUUCGUUCAAAAAACUGAACGUCGACUGGGUGAAGAUUGACCCGUCGCGAGUACUUCAGGUUCUUAUCAAUCUAACUACCAACGCUAUCAAGUUCACCACAACCGAGGAAACUCGUACUAUCAAAGUCAUUCUUUCAGCAUCCCGCGAGCGGCCAUCCGCCGGCGUAGCUCCCACGGUCAGCUACUUUCCCAUGAGAGCUAAGCGAACUGAUCAAACGUUUGGUCCCGAUUGGGGCGAAGGCGAAGAAAUCUUCUUGGAAUUCGCAGUUCGAGACACAGGCCGAGGACUCACCCCCGAAGAAAAGAAGCUCCUCUUCCAGCGAUUCUCUCAAGCAAGUCCACGCACACACGUCCAGUACGGAGGCUCAGGUCUAGGCCUUUUUAUCUCUCGCGAAUUGACGGAGCUGCAAGGAGGCGAAAUUGGUGUAUCUUCAGAAGCCGGCAAGGGGAGCACUUUCGCUUUCUACGUCAAAUGCCGGAGAAGCAUCGAGCCACCAGAUGUAAUCGAGGGUGCAUCAACGUUGCUACCCCGGAAGCUAUCAAACGCAAAGGACAAGGAUCGGGUUAGAACGCAUGUCGCACCUAAGAUCAAAGACUUUGCGACCUUGCCCAGCAAGGACAUUGCCAUCCAGAAAGAAGCCGAACGAAAGAAAACAGGACUUACCGUGCUGAUUGUAGAGGAUAACCUGGUGAACCAAAAGGUCCUUCAACGGCAACUUCAAAACCACGGGAUCACCACAAAGGUCGCUAACCAUGGCGGCGAAGCCCUCGAAAUCCUAAAAGCGUCCACGUACUGGAGAGACUCACCUCCCAAUGCAAUCGAGAUCGGCGUUGUUCUCAUGGACAAAGAAAUGCCCGUUAUGGACGGCCUUCACUGCACGAGUGAGAUCCGAGCGCUUGAAGAAGAUGGUGCAUUCAAGGGCCAUGUCCCUAUCAUUGCCGUCACAGCGAACGCAAGAAGUGAGCAAAUAGCUACUCUCUUGGCUGCCGGCAUGGAUGAUGUUGUAUCGAAGCCCUUCCGAAUUGGUGAACUGAUCCCGAAGAUUGAAGAGUUAGCUUCAAAGUAUCCGAAUACGCUCGACAGUGAUUCAAUGACGUGGACUGUGCCUAGUGGACCGGCUCAGCAGCCUUAUGGUGUAUGA